CGCUGCCCGCCGGUGUCAGCUGCCGGCCUCGGCCCGCUGCCGUCCGCCCGGCGGAGGUGCCUGUGAGGGCGGGGAUCCCCGCUUGAAGACAUGUUUGGCAUCUCACUCAGGGACCCGACCCUGCUGUUGGCCGUCACUGUCAUCGGGGUCACAGCGCUUCUUUUGGCACUAAAGAACAAGAACUGCAGGAGGAAAGGUCCUGUCACCUUACAGGACUGUGAUACCAAGUACUCACUACCCUUGAUUGAGAAGGAGCAAAUCAGUCACAACACCCGGAGGUUCCGCUUUGGCCUGCCAUCGCCCUACCAUAUCUUAGGGCUUCCUGUUGGUAACUAUGUCCAUCUCUUGGCCAAAAUCGGUGAUGAUAUGGUGGUCAGGGCUUACACUCCUGUCUCCAGCGAUGAUGACCAGGGCUUUGUGGACUUAAUUAUAAAGGUCUACUUCAAAAACGCACACCCACAGCAUCCUGAAGGGGGGAAGAUGACUCAGUACUUGGAGAACAUGAAAAUUGGGGACACCAUCCUUUUUCGGGGGCCAACUGGGUCCUUGUUCUACCGUGGGCCAGGGAGCAUUGGCAUCAGACCAUAUCCAUCGUGCAAGCCUGAAAAGAAAACGUUCCGUCACCUGGGGAUGAUUGCUGGGGGCUCAGGCAUUACACCCAUGCUGCAGCUCAUUCGCCACAUCACCAAGAACCCCCAUGACAAGACCAAGAUAUCCCUCCUCUUUGCCAACCAGACAGAGGAUGAUAUCUUGAUGAGAAAGGAGCUUGAUGAAAUUGCCAGGACUCAUCUAGACCAGUUCAGCGUGUGGUAUACCCUGGACAGGCCUCCUGUUGACUGGAAGUACAGCUCAGGCUACAUUACCGCCGACAUGAUCAAGGAGCACCUCCCUCCCCCUGCAAAGUACACUUUUAUCCUGGUGUGUGGCCCCCCACCGAUGGUCCAAUCAGCUGUUCACCCCAACCUGGAGCACCUGGGUUAUACCAAGGACAUGAUCUUCACCUACUAACACCUUCCACGUUGAUAGCAAGUGUGCUGGGCUCCUAUUUCUAAAUGAGUUGGCUUCAUCAUAUUAAACAGGGAUGUUUUGUAAAGUGUCUCCUCAUGCACCCUGAGACACACCCACCAGUACUCCUCUCUGGGCUGUGAGCCUAGGAAGAAGGGCUUAAGGGGCUGGAGACUUAGUGAUUCCUAAGGCUCCUAGCUUAGAAGCAAAAAGAGCUCCACUGUAGUAUGUUCCUCCGCCUUAACUAAAUAAA